UGGGUAUGCGUUCGAAGAAACGAACGAAAAUUUUUCUUUUUUUUUUUUAAAGUCACAUAAAAAUAUUCGAACAAUAAAAAAUAGUAUGUGCAAAAAUCCAGGACUUUCCACACAUGGAUUUUGUAAUUUGCAACAGGUAACUGGGAAAUAUCUGCAGCUAUUUGUGGCACAGGCGCCAUUCUCUCGGCAUCACUCGCAGAUAUCUACGUUAGGCUCAUGCAUAAUCGUUGCAGAUAUAAAUCGCGAGAGAGACGGCUUUUCUCCUCCAUUCAUCGACGCAGUCAGUCGGCCUUUGAAGGUUGUUCGUCGUCGGGGUUAUUCGGGGGUGAAUAUGGCCGGUGACAGCGCUAAGAACAAUGAUAUUGGUGGGGGAGAUGAGCAGGGUGCGUCAGCAAGGGGAGAACCGCAUUCCAAAGUGGGCGGCAUUCUGGAAUGCGAUCCACACGGUAACAGGAAUUCACUUAACAGUGAACAAACUACGGAGAUCACUGAUGGCUUGUGUCGCUAUGGGAAUCAUUCUGAUGCUGGUGCCAUGUCGUUCAUUGAAAUUUGUCAGACCCGAAUGCAGAAUUUAUUCCCCCAACUGGCACCACCUCCUAGUUACGCCACAUGCGAGGACUCCGUCGAGUUGACAGCCGAAUGUCUCGCCAAGGACGUCAUCAGAUAUCUCUUGAAGGAAGAUAUGUAUUUGAUAUCGAGGGAUCCGAUAUCCCGCAGUAUGCGUCACAACGUGUACCAGAUGCUGAACAAACACAGCAUCCUGUUCACGAGCAUGGUAAAUCGGCUCAACGUCGUACCUGACACGGCGUACGAGGCAUUCACCGGCGUUGCCGAUGAACUCUUUCUUCACGGGGUUAUAACGUGGGCCAGAAUUGUCUGUCUGUACGCAUUCAUGGGACGACUGGCCCUGUGGGCAAAGGACGGGAGGAUGCACGAGUUGAGGAAGAAAUUGCCAUUGUACGUGUCCAGAUAUAUUGGAGAAGAAAUUGCCCAUUUUAUCAAGGGAUAUGGGGGCUGGGAACAAUUGUGCAUAGAAUAUCCCAUCGCCGAGGAGGUCUCUGGUGCUAUUUGGAGGAGUCUCCUUAUGACUGGCGCAACGUUAAGUCUCGUUGCAACAAUUUUAGCCGUGACCUCUUGAGGAAGUUUGUGAGAAAAAAAUUUUCUACCUAAAUCUACAGUUGAAAAACGAAGAAAUCACGUACUUAUUAACCCUGUGAUCGUACUGCACCUGGAGAUGGCCAUGAGUGAGUAGAAAUCACGUGCAGGAGGAAAAAUUCUCCUCCCAUUGGUACCAGAAAAUGCUCGAAGUUCUCUUUAUCUCAACAGGCAAUAAAUAAGUUAAAAAUAUGACAAAUAUUUUCGUCCAAUUAAGUACAAUGAAACAAAGUUUAUGUAUCCAUUCACGUAAUACUCAAAGAGACAAUGAUGAAUUUUUAUAUUCACGCCAAAUAAUAAUUUCAAAAUUUUUCCAAUGAAUUUAGGUAGCAUCUCAAAUUGUUUGUAUUUAUUUUAUAAUUUAUUGUAGGUAGAAAGCUAUGAAUCAAUUAUUUUUUAUAUUCAAUUGCGCUUCACUACAAGCAUAGCAACAAAUUUUAUUGAAAUAAAUUAAUAAAUUCGAUCACUACGACGUGUUUACAGUAAUUCUAAACUACAAGCUUAUACAUGAUUUUUCAAAUAAACUAAAAAAAAAACGUAAAAGUUUUGUAACGAAUGUGUGAAGAAAAUAAAAUUCGGGAAAAUGA